AUGUCCGGGUGCUUGAAUGGAGCUUCAUCACUUAUUAGGGCUGAACAUGACAAGGCUAUCUACGUCCACUGUAUGAACCAUAGGCUUAACUUGUGUGUUGCUGACACAUGCGAAUUACCACUUGUUAGAAACAUGAUGGAUGUUGUAAGAAACCUCUCAGAAGUUUUGGACAAUUCUUCGAAGCGACAGCAGCAUUGGAUCAGCAAGAUAAGAGUAUCGAUGCCUGCUGCCAACCACUUUGUUCUGGUAAAUGUGUGUUGAACGAGGUGGAUUGAGCGCAUUGAUGGUAUACACCGAAUCGUGGAGCUUCUUCACACAGUUGUGGCUACACUUGAAGACAUUUCAUUGAACAGAAAUGCUCCCAGUGAUAAGAACUGGAAUCAAGACAGUAGAAAAUCACAUUUUCCUUUAUUGUUACUCUUCUUAUUGCGAGACACAUUUUAGACUUAACCAGACCACUCACAGUUAGGCUACAAAAGAAAGCAAUGGAUCUUCUCAAAGCAAAAGAGAAAAUUGUUCUGUUAAAACCAGCCUUAAGAGGUAUGCAAGGUGACCUUAAUACUAGACACCAUGCUCUCUAUGAAGAAGCUGUUACCCUAGCAAGACGUGUUUCAGUACAGCCAAGCAUGACCAGGAUAAUUCAGAGGCAAGUUCACAGAAACAAUGCACCAGCCACAACCCCUGAAGACUAUUACAGGAUCAAUCUGACAACAGACUUCCUUAACCACGCUCUCAUGCAACUGGACAGCAGAUUUGAAGAUGAUGUUUUUGUGUGCUACAAGGAAUUUUCAGUGAUUCCUUCUAUUUUGUUGGCUGCUGACCCUAUUUGGAAGGAUAAUGUUAGGAAAUUUUCUAACCAUUACAGACAAGAUAUCCCUAAUUAUGCAGGUUUACCAGCAAAGCUUUUGUUGUGGGAAGAAUGUGGAAGGGGAAAAAGGAUAGAAGAGAAGACAUCCCUGACGGUAUAGGUGCCACCCUGGAAAAAAAUUAAAAAGGAUGCUUAUGUGAAUAUAUAUAUACUAUACUUCACAUCCUGAUAACCAUUCCUAUUUCAUCGGCAUCUUGUGAAAGGUUCAUCUCAACCCUCCAAAAUCUGAAGGCUUAUUUGAGAAAUACAACGGUCCAGGAUAGACUAAAUGGAUUAGUACUGAUGCUUGCCCAUAGAGAAAUGGAAUUAGACCUUGAAAAAAGUAGAGAUUUGUUUGCUAAUUUCCAUCCUAGAAGAAUGAGAGUGGAAAAUAUUUUAAAAGCAUAAUUUUGUACCCAACAGUCACUUGUGUUUCUAGAGUACUUGUGAGUUAUGCUCCAUCAGGAUUAAUGUAAUCCUUAAAGUGAUGGAGAACAGUACAGAUACAUAGCUGGUGUCUGUUGUACAAUUGUAUUAAUACUAAUAUCUAGACAAAAACUCGUUCUUCAAUAGUUUUCUGAGUUAUGUUUCCACUGACAGUGGGUGUUCAAUAAGAUUAAAUGGUUUUUACACUUGGGUCUAGUUAUUACACUCGUGCCUCCUACAGAAGGCCAUAACAGUACCCCUUAAUUCUGGUGCAUUGAUUCCAAGUAUGUUCUGUCCCUUUAAUGAAUGGAAGGCAACAGCUGGAGAAAUUCUACAAAUAUCUUCCAAACACCAAGUUGAGCCAUAAGACAAAAAUAAACGGAUCCAUCUUCAGAGUUAUUGGAUGAUAGUAGACAGCAGAUGCUGGCUAUUCUAGAAGUUGCAAUAUCAGAUUCGUCUAUUCACUCUGACAUCCAGUUAGUUUUGGAGCAACACCUAAAGGAACACCAUGAAGACAAACGGAGUGUCACAUCAAUUCUGAGACAUCCAGACGCAUUAGAACACAAACUAAAUUCCUGA